AUGACUCCUCAAAAAGCACAAUCGAUCUCGGCUUCACUUGGAAUUGCUAUCCAUCCAGUUCCAGGUACCAAUGAAGAUCUUGACGGUGACUCACUUGAUAACCUUGAAUUGAAUCAGUUCUUGCCUUUACCCGACGAACCAGAAGCCCCUGCUUCUUCAAUAACUGACGCCGCCCAUCAAUCACUCAUUCAUGAUCGUGAUCUCAGAAGACAAUUCACCAGCUCGGUCAACAUGUAUCGAACCAUUGUGCUAUGUAUGAGAAAGAUUUAUAAUGAGGGUCUCAAGCUUUCAAAUGCUCAGUUAUUGGUAGACCGUUGUGGUCGCUGUUUUGGUCCAGCAAUCAAUGAAGAGCCACAUGUGAUUCUUAGAUGGCAAUUUUCAACACAGACAUUACACUUGAUCAAGCAAGGACAAUCCUACUGA